GCGAUGGAGAACAAUGAAGAUUUGAAGCUCAAAACCCACAGAGAAAGUUGUGAGGAUGGUUUAAUCGUAGACAAGAUCAAAUUGGGGGAACCGGGAUAUAAAGAAAGGUACUAUGCUGAGAAGUUUGGAGAAGAGUCUGUUAAGUCAAUUGAAGAAGUGAAGAAAGAUCUCGUUCAAAAAUAUGUUGAAGGACUCUGUUGGAUCAUGAGAUAUUAUUAUGAAGGUGUCUGCUCCUGGCAGUGGUUUUACCCAUAUCAUUAUGCUCCCUUUGCUUCUGAUCUCAACGGCCUGGCUGAUUUGGAGGUCACGUUUUUCCUAGGUCAUCCAUUUAAACCUUUUGAUCAAUUAAUGGGAACAUUACCAGCUUCCAGCUCUGAAGCUCUGCCCAAACGCUAUGGUGAUCUAAUGACUAAUCCAGUUUCACCUUUAAAUUCUUUUUAUCCUGAAGAUUUUGAGAUUGAUAUGAAUGGUAAAAAGUUUGCAUGGCAGGGGGUUGCAAAAUUGCCGUUUAUUGAUGAAAGACGCUUGUUAUCUGAAACAAGAAAGCUUGAAAAUUCAUUGACGGAGGAGGAAAGAUUUAGAAAUAAGAUAAUGUUCGACAUAAUUUAUGUCAAUAUUAAUCAUCCUUUGGCCAUUCAAGUUGCUUCACUAUAUCAAAUGAUAUCUCAAUUGGGAAUGCAAGGAGCAUUUCAAAUUAAAAUAGACACUACUCUCAGCGGUGGAAUGAAUGGCUUCCUUUGUCUGACAGAGAGAAACAAUUACAGCUCAUCAGUAUACAAUCUUAACAAUAAUUUUGUUUUGAAUGCUACUUAUUUUAAUCCUUUGCCCCAUCCUCACAUCCCUGAACCUCCUAAGCAUGUCUUUUUUCCUGCAAAGAUUUUAAAACCAUAUGAUAUCAAGCCAUUCCCUGUACUUUGGCAUGAAGAAAACAGUAGCUCACGGCAGAAAGCAAGAGAGAGGCCACAGGUAUCAGGAGCCAUUUCUGGCCUACUUUUAGGAGAAGCAUCGCACAGACUUGUGAAGAACUCAUUGCAGAUCAAAGCCAACAGUGCAGGGCUGCUUGACACCCCAUAUAAUAGGAAACAUUCAUAUUCUUCCGGCAAGACGAGAGCUGCCGGACCGUCAGGAUUCGAAGGAGGCUUCCAAAACCCAAACUUCGAUCACCAUCGACAUACCCACAACUCCCGAGAUUUCGCAAACCCAUGGCCAGCUCAGUCAAGCGAGCCGCAGAAUAUGAGAAACAAUUUCGGUAUAAUUGAACCGUUCAUUCCUCAAGAUCAGUAUAACAUUGGAAGAGGAAUGUCGCAAUUGUCAGUGCAAGAUGGACCAAAAUAUCGAUUGCAACAAAGGAUAACACCACCAAGUACUCAUCAGAAUACAGGUCCUCUGCCUCCACCACCUCCAACCAACUGGAUUGGCGACCAUAUGGCUUCUCUUUAUAAGCAACCAUCGCAACAACAACAAUCUGUGCAGAAAGUAGCUUAUCGGAUUAAGCAACGGCCAUCACAAAAUAUAGAGUACAGUUAUCCUCAGUGAUCCCAACUCUCUCAUUGGCUCACAUAAUAAUGUGCUUAGCUUACUGUAUUGGUUAGAAAAUGUGAAGCUAAAGUGGCCCAUUUAUGCAUACAGAAUUCUCAUAUUAGUUGGGUUCGGUGGCGAGGAAAUCUUUCUGCAAGUCUUUAUGCUUUGUGUAUGUAUUGUAACGUUAUUGAUUGGAUCAUCGAGUACUACAAGCGCAUAGCUUGCCUGCUGCAAAUUACUUAGUUCUAUUUGUUCUAUUUUUAAAGACUUUUGUUGGCAGUAAAACUUUUGUGUAUGAGUGUAAAUGUCAUGAGUUCACUUGAGAGAUAUGUUAUGCUGUCAAAUUUUCAUAUACAAUGUUUUGAUUUUAUAUGAUUUACAUA